ACUGUCACACUUGCUGCAUCAAUUAUUCUUGAUACUCUCUUCGGAAGCUGGGAAGCUGGCGCCAUGGUUUCAUUGGGGGUGCCCACAGCACGCUUUGGCGCACCGCCUGACCCCGAGAAGCCCGAGCCGCACUACCCGGGCGUCUCCGCGCUGAAGUUCGACGCGCUGAGUGCGCUGAAGGUCUAUCGCGAGUGUGUGAAGCGGGGCGAGGAAAUCCGUGCCAACCAGCUGUAUCUGCAAGCUGAUCGUGAAUGGCCCGUACGCCACAGGCGACGGGUGCAGGACCUUUUGCCCGGCUUGGCCUCGGUCGCGGAGACCUAUGAGCACCUGGGCUACACGCCUGAUCCCAUCACUCGGCGGAUGGUGCUGCCCACUGCCGAGCCACCGCCCAUGUUGAGCAGCUCUCGGGAUGCUUCAGGUCGAAGCAGCCAUCACUCCAGCCGCGGGCACAGCGAAAAGCUGCAGAAACCCCAGAAGGGAGUGGUCUUGCGGAGUUCGUGUGGAGCCGAGUGGUCGAUCGUCCUGUCGCCACGGUGGAAGCCAGAAGGAAUGUAUAUUACAUGUAUAUAACCCAGACACGACCCAUGGGACUCCUGAGACUGCCGACUGCGGUGGCAGACUGCCAGAGGGGUCGACCUCUGGGGCGGCAGUCCGUCCUGGCAGUCUCAGACAGGUCGUGUUUGGGUAUCAUGUCAAUUUAUGGCAAGGCAUCACGGUCAUGAUCAGGAAUGUGGAAGAAAUGGCUGCAUCAUGUCCCUUGUUGCUGCUGUGAGUUCCUGGAGGGUGGUAACCUGGUGAAUGAGACAGCAGGAAGAAACAUAUCAUUAAACAAAGUAUGUCACAAACCAAUCCCCAGAGAUCCGCAGAGGUAUGUGACAUGCUACAGAACACCAGGCACUCUGUGGAAGAGUUCUACCUUUCACCUGGCUGGCAUUUAGAUGGCUGGCACAAAGGCUCAACAAGCCAGCUACAACGCUUUAAUGAACAGUAAAAGUGAACCUUGCCUAUGAGAUUGAUACCUGCAGACCUACAGGCCAGCUUGCUCGAAGUGACCAAACUUGAGGCUCCCAGCUUAAGUGAGCCGAUAUAUUACGUGACCGAACCACUCAGGCCACUCUGUCUUUUUGAAGACCUAGUAGAGUCUUGGUGCUCGAUGUCGACUUCACUGCAAAAGAAACGGAACAUCCACUGGAACCACCAUGGCCUAAGUGCUUUCGGCCUCUGCCUCGUCGAUUGAGGGGCCUCCUAUAGAGUCUUGCAGCUGUUUGGGCACAAUCCCAUGAUCAUGGGAUGGUGCGAUCAAUUUGAAAACUCCUUAGAAUAUGUUUCAUAUUAUACAAUAUGAUGUUACUGUAACUUGUCAUAUUGUCAUUGGCUUGGGUCAACUCCAU